AUGUCUAAAACUUCUCGAAAGCAACUUACGUUUAUCUCUUUCAAUUUCAUAUACUUGCUAAACGUUGUCACCAUUGCUCAAAACAAUUAUGUUGACAGAGUUUGUGAUAACGACUACACUUACAUUGUCAACGGUACCUUCCGCACAAAUCUUGACAAGACGUUGGCCGAUCUACCCACCACCAACUCCGGUCAUGGUUUCUUCAAUAGCUCUUCAGGAGAAUAUCCCCACACAGCAUAUGCGAUUGGUCUUUGCCGGGGUGACCAUACAGAUCAGAUUGCAUGUGGUAGUUGUUUGGACACGUCUAUAGUGAAAUUGAGGAACGUCUGCCCAAAACAAAAAGAUGCAAGUGUAUAUUAUGAUAAUUGUAUGGUGAAGUAUUCAUACGAUGUUAUUUUGUAUAGAAAUAGUCAAAAACAUUUUAACAUCCACAAUAGCACUAUUUACUCGAAAGAUGUUUUUGGUUUCAACCGGAGUGCGUUAGGGUUGGUGAAAAACCUCACGAUUAAAGCUGCUGCUGGUGGUCCGCUGCUGAAGUACGCAGCUGGCACUACCCCACAGCCUAAUUUAACGAUGAUUUAUGGGUUUGUGCAAUGUACACCGGAUCUAACGGAGCAACAAUGCAGCAAUUGCUUGGAUGAUGCAGUUUCUCGUAUUGGUAGUUGUUGUUUUGGUAAACUUGGGGUGAGGGUGCUUUUGCCUAAAUGCAAUUUACGAUAUGAAAAUUACCGGUUUUAUGAUGACCGGGUGAUAGUUUCUACUCCGACACCGACUUGUCAAGGUACGUACUUUGUGAUUUCAGACUACAUAUUCUUGACGGUAUAG